UGUGUGAGAACUGAAGACUAGUUUCUCUGAGAACCAACUGGCUGGACGCUGUUUGUGGGGAGAGUUCAGUCCGUCAAGGCUUGAAGAAGAUUCAGAACUUUCACGUGACAGUUCCAGAUUAGCAGUAAGCCACUCAAAUCCACGGUUUCAUGCUGGAAUGUAUAUAUUUAAUACCAUAAUGUUGCAGCUGAUGGUUGACUGGGAGGUCAGAGAAAAACAAUCUGUACUGGAAGGGAUUAAACAUACUAAUUCAUUUGAAGACACUUCUCUCAUCUCGCCUUUUAACAAAGAAGCAAUUCUAUUUCUAACCGGAGAGAGGCAGCAGCGGCAGGGUCUCUCUCUCUCUCUGAGUCUGCUCUAGAAGUUGAGGUGGGAGGGGAGAGGGUCGGCUGUCUGAUCCUUUGUCAUAUGGAGACGGUACUCUUAUACCUCAAACGGAGAGAGGGAGCACAUUUCAGCUGCAAAGGACAUGCAAAUAAAAAGGUCUCGGGCUCAACUAUGUGAACUGGACAUAAAUGAAAGCACGUAGGGCCCCGCCGACUCCUGCAUCCUCCGACUGAAUCAAAGGAGGUCAGCGUGAUGAACGGCAUGCUUCCUCAGAGGAGAGCUGUGGCCACAUCUGGCUACAGCUCAGAUUGCGUGAAGGUUGAGCACGGCGGCGGCGGCUCAGUCGGUGGGUCCCUGCUGAGGGGCUCUCGCUCCAAGGCGGAGCUACAGGACCUGAUGGAGAUGCUGCAGCGCAGGAAGAGCGCUCUGGAGGCCAGCUUGAGGGCGGCUGAGUGCAGCCGCAGAUACCUCAGCGUGCCCUCGCCCGCCGGAUCGCAGUCCGGCAGGCCUCUCUCCAUCGCCGGCAAUGCUGAGCGGCCGCCGUCGGCCUCCAGGACUCCGUCCUACGCGACCAGCAGCAGCGUGCCUCCAUCCCCUCGUCAAGGGGAACGCCAGCUGAGCCCCAGCGGCCUGCCUCGUCACUCCCACUCUCGCCACCUGUCACAAGACAGUCUGCUCCUCUCCAACGCAGCGGACGGCGGCCCUCUGUUCUCCUCAUACGGGCAGACCCUCGCUCGCUCCCCCAGGGUCAAGACCGGAGCAGCGAGCGUGCCGUCCAGCCCUCGCAUGAGCCGCAGGCCGCACUCUCAGUGCAAAGCCGCAGGAGACUCCCGGCAGAGGAAGUACUCGACGGGCUCCCUCAACAGCCUGGGGAUGCACAGUCGUUCUCUGCCACGGCUUCACAACGCCGCAGAGCCCCCGGCGCUGUCGCUGCUGCCGCGUCCCUCGGCGGGUCCCCACAGGGGCUCGGCGGGGCAGCGGCGUAGUCUCUCCUCCCUGGAGCAGCCACCGGACGUGACGGUGCCAGCCGGCAUGCCAGGCACUGCCAGGAGGGCCAGCCUGGCCUCUCUGUGCUCUCUGGGCGCGGAGGCGGACGGGACAGGCUUCGAUCCGGGCUUCGGAGAGAGGCGGUUGUCCUUUGGGAAGGGCGGACUGGGUCCGGGACAAAGGGUGGGCAGCAUCAGCUCUUUGAACGGCAAAGAGGAGCUGAGAGACUAUCACCAGCACCAGAGAGACGAACGACUCAGGGAGCAGAAAGUGCAGAGAUUGGAGUGCCAGCGUCUGGAGACCAUCUUGAACCUGUGCACCGAGUUUGGCCAUGUGGAGAAAGAGCCGGCGGGCUCAGCCGUUUGUGAUCUGCAGAAGAUCAAUAAGGAGCUGGAGAAGCUGCAGGUGUCGGACGACGAGUCGGUGUUCUCCGACUCUCCCGGCCGCGCCGCCUUCCAACUGGCCGAGGAGCAGCAGGUCAGCCAGCGUCAGCAGGGCGCCUACAGAGACGCCAGGUCCCACUCGCCCGCCGUCAGCCUCAACAGCAGCGCCCCCUCGCCGUCCAGCCACCACAGAGCCAAAGUUUUGGAGAGCGCGCAGCUGAAACAGGAAGUAACGCAUAUAGAGGAGGAGAGGAUUCAAGUUGUGAACAACAUAGAGGAGUUGGAGCAGAAGAUCAAAGACCUGGACAACCAGAUGGAGGAGUCCGUCCGAGAGAUGGAGGUGGAGUGCGCUCUGCUGGAGGGGGAACAGGAGUCAGAGAUGACCCAGCUGCAGAGGGAAAAGGAGCUUCUGGACCAACUCAAUAAAAAGAUACAUAGUAUCCAGACGACGAGCCCCCCUGAGAAACAUCAGGACACUGAGGAGCAGACUAAAAGUUUGGAGGAUUUGGAGUUUCAGAAGCUGGAGAGAAAAAUGAAUCAGGAUGAAGAAAAAGAGAAUCAGAGCAAAGAGCUACUGCGAGAGAUCGCCGAGGGUCAGCGUACUGCAGUCACACGCAAGGAAAGAAUCAUGGCGCUGAAGAAACAGUCCUCACAGAUUACUUUACAGGCUCAACAAGAAAGAGACAACUUCCAGAGAGAGAAAAACAACUUGCUCGUCAUGCUACAGAAGGAAAGAGAGAAGCUGGCGUCUUUGGAAGGAAAGUAUGCAGAGUUGUCUGAGGGGCAGUCCUUCACUAACAACCCCGUAGCCAUGAAAGAGCACUCUCUGAAGGAAAGGAGGAGAAGCAACAAAGAGAACUCUUGUCACCCGAGUGACAGCCAGCCUUAUAAGAGGAGCCAGCAGCUCCUCACCUCUUAUGGCAGAUCCCUGGGACGCACGCUUCCUCCCAAGGCCCACUUGCCUCUGUCCCAAAGCUCCAGCUGUGGCAGCGUCAUCCCACAAGGCUUCAGCUUCUCCCCCCGCGACCCGAGCGUCCGCCGCCCGACCAAGAGCAACGGCCACUCGCACGCGAAUGAAGACCGACAAAGAAGGAGCGACUUCUUCAACCGGAUGAUCUCCGAGCCCAGCGUGUUCUUGGACUCCUUCACCUACCCGGACCACAGCCAGGCCUCAGACACCGUCAGCGUGGACAGCUCCGACAGCCUGGAGACCAGCUACUCCGCCUGCUCGCCGGACAACAUCUCCAGCGCCAGUACGUCCAAUAUGGCGAAGAUCGAGGAGAUGGAGCGUUUACUCCGAGAGGCCCACGCUGAGAAGCUAAGACUCCUCGAGCAUCGGGAGCGUGAGAUGGAGAUGCGCCGGCACGCUCUGGAGGAGGAGCGACAAAGACGCGAGGAACUGGAAAAACGACUGCAGGAGGAGACAAGCAGGAGACAGAAACUGGUGGAGAGAGAAGUGAAGCUCAGGGAGAAACAAAGAUCUCAGUCGCGGCUGUUGACUCGCUACCUCCCCGUAAGGAAAGAUGACUUUGAUCUUCACGGCCACAUUGAGGCGGCCGGACACAGCCCAGAUGCCUGCUUCCAUCUGGCCAUCACUGACAAAACCUGUCGAGGCUUCCUGGUCAAAAUGGGAGGCAAGAUUAAGACCUGGAAGAAACGCUGGUUUGUCUUCGACCAGAAUCGCAGGACGCUGACUUACUACGCAGACAAACAUGAAACCAAGGUGAAAGGAGUCAUCUACUUCCAAGCCAUAGAGGAGGUGUACUACGACCAUUUAAAGAACGCACACAAAAGCCCCAACCCCUCGCUGACCUUCAGCGUGAAGACCCACGAUCGGGUGUACUACAUGGUGGCUCCGUCGCCCGAGGCCAUGCGUAUCUGGAUGGACGUCAUGGUAACGGGCGCCGAAGGACACAUGCACUUCAUGGUGUAACGCAUCCCAACCGAUCAGGGUCCACACCCUGCGGUUUCAUUACCCAUCCCGGCGCUCUGCUCGUGCCGAUGUAACAGCGAACACGGGUCGCGUCGCGCCGACAUCAUCAGGUCAACAAAAAACUUCUGCUCAGACUUGUAGUAUUUUUAGUCUACAACUGAGGCUCAAAGGCACACUUUAUAAUGUAAUUAUGUAUGAAAGUGAUAUAAAGGGUUCCAAAUGAUAUGUCCCACUUCUUCCCUCGUCUCUUCUCCUCGUUGGACGUCCAACUGCAUCAGUGGGUCACAAAACUUCUUGUCAAUCUUUUCUGAGGCGAGAUCAUCCCAUUUUUAUUUGUGUUUGCAAGAAUGACCAUUUCCUUCCCAUAUGUCUACUAUUAUUUCUAUAUUGUCAUUAUUUUAAGUAAUAUUUUACAUUUUGAACUCAAGCAUUUUCAUGCUGCCGUACUACAGGCAUUUGCUGGUCUUGUCUGACUUUUUAAAGCACAUGACCACCAUUUAUAUUACUUCAAACCACAGAUAUAUCCUUGUGAAACUUUAAUUCCAGUGAGUGCUAAUUUAGCCUUUUCUUCACACAUGCAAACUUCAAUCAUGUUGAGAGAUAACGGCAUGGUCAUUUUUCGGUCUUGCUCUAAAUUGUUGGUAGUUUGGAAAUAUUCUUCUCAUGAAUUGAAUCAAUCUGCCCAAAUCCCAAUGGUACUGUGUGUCAUGCCGCAGGCCGGAUUGGAUGAGGCCAUGUGGUGCAGCAGUGACGCAGUCCGUACUGCAUCACCCUCAUAUCGCUCCUCAGCGUUUCAUUUUGUUUAUUCACCAGCAGAGGGCCUCAGUGCUGAGCUAUUGCAGUGUAAUGACGUAAUGUGCUGGGCAGUAGGUCAAUCAAUAAUUAUGCUUAUAUAUCAAAUGAACAAUAAAUCACACAAAACAAAUCAAUAUCAAAAUAAUAUCUCGGGUUUUAAUAUCUCGGGUCUACAUUUACAUCUAUUUCUAAAGCAUUUCACAUUUGUUAAUUUGUAUAUAGAGAGCUAUAGAUAUAAAUAGCAACCUCAGACUCCAUGCUACUUUUUUUUAAAUUGACUUUCAGGUUUCAAUAUGAACAAAUAAUGUUGAUUAUGAAUCAUAUUAGUGGAGAUGUACUUUUUGAGUCAUGAAGCGGGGGGGGGG